AUGGACAAUUUCUGCUUUCCGCUGGACUUGUCGAAACUGGAAAAUGACCGUCUCCGGCUAGUUCCAUUUGAUUCCAAUUUCCAGGAGCUUUCAGCGGCAUUCGUGAAAUUGUCGUCGGAAACUCCCGAGAUCUUCCAAUAUCUUCCCUAUGGACCGUUCGAAAGCGCGGACGCUUAUGAACAGUGGUAUAGCAAUCGCAUUCGCCCCAGCAAAGAAUCGAUCAUAUUCGCCAUCAUCCUCAAAGCAGGCAUCGUCAGAAAGCGAAAGCCUGGCUCCGACGAGUUUGAGGAACUGAAGGUGGAAGACGGUACGUUUGCAGGGACCACCGGCCUGAUCAGGGCGGAUCCAGAUAACUCUGUUGUGGAGGUGGGAAAUGUCAUUAUCCUUCCACGAUUCCAUCGAACGUUUGUCGGUACAGCAGCUCACACACUGCUUAUAAACCAUAUGUUGGAUCCUCCACCUAAUGGACUCCAUCUCCGACGCGUCCAAUGGCAGGCCUUCAGCAGCAAUCAGGCCUCGAUUGCAGCGGCGCAGCGCCUCGGGUUCCAGCUGGAGGGCAUUAUUCGCUGGCAACGGGUGUUGCCAGAAGGCAAGAUGGGAAAUUCCAAUGGUGUGAUUGACGACAAACUGCCUGGGAUGGACCCGACUGGUCAGAAACGACUUGGGCCGGGACGUCACUCGGCGAUGUUGAGUUUGUGUUGGGAUGACUGGGAGAAUGGAGCGAGGGAGAGACUGCAUGCUCUCUCGCAGAAAUAUGCCUAG